GGCGCUGAGCCGGUGUCAAUAUAAACAAGAACUUAACGGGCGCUCAUGAGGAAUGAACUUUCCUCAUCCUGGUGACUUAUACCUUGCAUUUCAGAUCCUGUAGUAAUGAGAUCAGAGUUCAUCCAAAGGUUGUUGGUGAAGAAAUUGUGUUCCAGACACUUUCAACAUCUCCAAAAGCAUUUCAUCUGUCAGACAGCAGUCCAAAUGAACGAUCUCCACAACACCAGGAGCAGACCUGAUGUUCGAGGAGCAUUUCAUAUGCCAGUCAUGAAGACAGAGGUGGUCCAGAUUUUCCUUCAACAUGGCUGCAGGCGUAUAGCAGACUUGACAUUUGGAGCCGGUGGACAUAGUCGGGCCAUUCUCGAGGGGCUUGAGGGCUCCAGCAUCCUGGCUCUGGACCGGGACCCACUGGCAUACCAGCUUGCCUCCCAACUUCAACAGCAUUUCCCAGAUCGGUUGACAGCACUAGAGGGUCGGUUUUCAGACCUGCCAAGGCUUCUUGAGUCCCAGGGUGUGGAAGGGGGAUCCCUGGAUGGCCUCCUCAUGGACUUAGGCGCCUCCUCAAUGCAGAUGGACACAGGGCAGCGGGGAUUCGCCCUCAGUCUUGAUGGGCCCCUGGACAUGCGCAUGGACGCUGAUAAGUUACCAGACCAGCCUAGUGCAGCAGAUGUUGUGAACAGUCUCGACGAAAGUGACCUGGCGGCCAUCUUCAGAAAGUAUGCGGAAGAACCACGUGCCCACAGGAUAGCCCACGGGAUUAUCCAGGCCCGGGCUGCAUAUGGCCGCAUCAACACCACCAAACAACUUGCAGACAUUGUGGAAAACCUUGGGUCCAGUGGCUUGGACAAGCUGGGCCGGUACAGCCAUCCAGCCACACGAAUCUUCCAGGCGCUUAGAAUCUUUGUCAAUAACGAGCUUAAUGAGCUGAACUGUGCACUUGAGAUGGCUCACCACUUCCUGAAGCUGGGCGGCGUGUGUGUGGCCAUCUCAUUCCACUCCCUGGAGGACCGCAUUGUGAAACGACACUUCCAUGAGAUUGACUUGGAUGAAGAGAAAAGUUUAUCUUUAAAGCAGAAGGUCAGGUUAGCUAGGCCGGCUGAUAGUGCUGAUGAGUUACAGGAGUUAACCUUGAAAAGAUGGCAACCUUUGUUCAAGAAAGUGAGACUGCCAAGUGAAGAUGAAAUGGCAAGCAAUCCAAGGAGUCGAUCUGCUAAACUAAGAGCAGCCAUAAAGAAUUAGUAGUAUCAGGUUAUCAUAAAAAAUUUAUGUUGCCAUUCACAGAAUUAACUGACUUGAAAUACUUCAUCACGCUAGGAUCCAUGUUAGUAAAACUUCUCUGUGACAGCCUCCUUGCUUACAGUAGCAUGGAUUAGAAAGACUACGUGUUGUGCCUGCUAUAUUUGUCAUUGAAAUCAGUUGCAGUUUUCCUAACUAGUCUACUAGUAUAUGUAUCGGUGUUGCACAUUUUUCUAUGAGACUCAAUGUAGUGAUACUGCUCCAAUGUUGGGUUGUUCUUCAUCUGGUAUUGUAAUUAUUCAUACUGUAAGAAUUAGUGCAAUUA